AUGGCGGACCGUGGACAUGGGCAGCGUCAGGCGAAGGGCGACUUCGACCCCAAGGGCUACCGUGACGACCUCUACCGCGACCAACCUUCCCAUCAUAGUGCAAGGAUGGCGCACGGGCUGACACCGAAGGCAUCGCCGGCGGCGCGGUCGCCCCACCUGCCGCUGGCCUAUCCCGCCAGGCAGUAUGAUCCUCACCACGGUGCCCAGUACUUCGAUCGGGCUCCGCGCCGGGAACAGGACCCCCGUGGCCCCCGCGACCUCCCAGCCACCAGGGACCACGGGCAAGGCCAGGCUUACCCACCCAACCACGUCGGUGCGCCGGAGAGCGGGGUGCAGGCCGCCAAGAGUGCCAUCCAAAAGCUGUCCGACAUUGAGGUCCGCGAGCUACUCUUCUCGGGGGACGCCGUUGCAUCUAAGCUUCUGGAGACGGCUUACGCCCUCCCCCCCGACUACAAGCCCGACGUCCCGUUCGGCACGGAGGACUUCAUCAAUGAGCGCAAGAAAUGCAACGCCGAGAUGAUGCGCAGGUGCAUCUCCUUGUGCACCGCCAAGACCCGGAGGGAGAUCUCCCAGAACGCCGAAGAGUAUUGCCCCUACAUCAUGCGGGCGCAAGCCAGGCGCAACCUGCAAAAGAUUGUGCCGUUCGUGCCCCUCGACUCGGACACCUUCUCCUUCUCCGUCUUCCUAGCUUGGAUCUCGACCCAGAGCUCGUACAAACGAGCCGAGCAGUCCACGUCAGGCGAGUGCCUGUCCAACAUGACCCACACGGUCGCCGCCCUUCUUGCGGACCAGGGCCAGGCGCAUGCCGAGGCUACGGAGGCGAUCCCUGAGGCGCAGCCUGCGUCGGCUCACACGCUCCGGGCACUCUCAGGAGGGGGUCGGGCAUCUCAGAAGACGGUCACCCAGUACACGCUCGACGACAUCAAAAAGUUCAAGCCUGACCGCAUGCACCAGGCCAGGAACACGAAGACUACCGACUGGGCCAUGGACGAGGCCGUGCCGACGGAGGACUCCCCAGCGUCGGAUCGGCAACGCUUCGCAGUCUACCGCAAGGCGCUCGAUGCCAUCGUGGCGCCCAAGGGCCGGUCGAAGAAGCCAGACCCGAAGGUCCUCGCGGUCUUCAAGGACAAGGCGUCCGAGCUCGGCGUUCGCUUCGACGAGAAGCGAUUUGGGGACUUGUGGCAGCUCCUGGCGGCCAUCAUGGCCAAGACGCGUUCGACAGAGAUUUGA